GAGUCUAGAGGAGCUGGAGGUUUUUGAGGAAUUCUGCUCCGGGUUUUUUAUUGUUUUAGAAAGAUAUUUUUAGUUUACAGUGUUUUUUUCCAGUUUGUGGAUUAAAUUACAGAUUAUUUUAAAUCUGAUGAGGGUUUGCAUGUUGAAGGCCUGUGUUUAUUAAUGAAGAUUAGCACGGAUUAAGAACAGCUGCUGAAAACAGUUCGAAAUGUUCCCAGUUCCUCUCCAGCUCGUAUUGUCGACUUUCAAACUUUGUGGAAAGUUUGAAUGUCUCUUGAGAAAAUGCCACAAAAUCAGAAGAUUUCACUGAAAGAAGGGAAGGACGUGGCAUCCAGAAAAAACCUUUGAAACUCUGUAAACAUCCUGUACUCCAUCUCAGACAAAUGGAGGAAAGUGGUGUAGGCAAGAAGGUGGUUCAUCACUGCUCUGAGUGCGGGAGGACUUUUAAUCAUCGUGGUCACCUUAACACACACCAGCGUAUUCACACUGGAGAGAAACCGUACUUCUGCUCUGAGUGUGGAAAGAGUUUUACUAGACAGAGUCAGUUCAAAACACACCAACGAAUUCAUACCGGAGAGAAACCGUAUCACUGCUUAGAGUGUGGAAAGAGUUUUACUCAUCAGAAUUCUCUCCAGCUACAUCUGCGCAUUCACACUGGAGAGAAACUGUAUCGCUGUUCAGAUUGCGGUAAGAGUUUUAUUGAUCAGAGUAAUCUCAAAGCACACCAGCGCAUUCACACUGGAGAGAAACCCUUUCACUGCACGGACUGCGGAAAGAGUUUUACUCGACAGAAUCAACUCAAAACACACCAGCGCAUUCACACUGGAGAGAAACCGUAUCACUGCUCGGAGUGCGGUAAGAGUUUCAGUCAUCAGAAUUCUCUUCAACUACACCUGAGCAUUCAUACUGGAGAGAAACCGUAUCACUGCUCAGACUGUGGGAAAAGUUUUCGUCGACAGAGUUCUUUCCUCCUACACCAGCGCAUUCACACUGGAGAGAAACCGUAUCACUGCUCAGACUGUGGAAAGACUUUCAGGCAUCAGAAUUCUCUCCAGCUACACCAGCGCAUUCACACUGGAGAGAAACCAUAUCGCUGCUUAGAGUGUGGGAAGAGUUUCAGACAUCAGAGUUCUCUUCCACUGCAUCAGCGCAUUCAUACCGGAGAGAAACCAUAUCACUGUUCCGACUGUGGGAAGAGUUUUAAUCAACAGGGUAACCUACAUCUACACCAGCGCAUUCACACUGGAGAGAAACCGUAUUACUGCUCAGACUGUGGGAAGAACUUCAGGGUUUCUUGUAGAUGGAGGAAACACAAGUGCCCUAAGAGCAGUGAUGGUGCUGGACUGUAGAUAAUACCUGUAAAAGACCUGUAAAAGUGAGGUAACUGGUUUUAGAGUAGUCUCUAAAGACAUGCUAAUUUCCACGAACAACACAUUGUUGUCUUGUAUCUGCCCAAGAAAAAAGCUGUUGGUACCUUCUGAUGGCACCGUUUCUAAAGCUUGUGCAGUCAAUUAAAAUUAAGAAUUAAUUUGCUUUGUGAUAUUUUGAUGUUCAAUGAAGUCAAUAAUCCAACAUGAUGUUGGUAAUGCAAUCCAUGCAUCAGUGACUGCAGUACAAUAAAUGAUAGAUGCUCCUAAUCAACUUGUUACCUGCUUCAAAGUCUUAAAUGUAUGUCACCUGUAUAAAAGACCAAUGUCACCUAUCCACAGACUCUAACCUCUACAACAUGGGCAAGACCAAAGAGCUUUCAAAGGAUUUCAGGGACAAGAUCAUAGACCUUCUUAAGGCCGGAAUAGGCUACAAAACCAUAAAUACGAUGCUGGAUGAGAAGGAGACAACUGUUGGUGCAAUAGGAAGAAACUGGACGAAAUACAAAAUUACUGUCAAUUACUCUCACAUUGGUUUGGAUCUCCAUGCAAAAUCUCACCUCGUGGGGAAUCCUCAAUCAUGAGGAAGGUAAGAGAAUAGCCUAAAACUACACAGGGGGAACUUGUUAAUGAUCUAAAGGUAGUUGGGACCACUAUAAAUAAUAGAUGCUCCUAAUUAACUCGUUAUCUGCAUUAAGGCCAGCUGUCUUAAAUGUUUGUCACCUGUAUAAAAGACCAAGGUCACCUGUCCACAGACUCAGUAAGUCAGUCAGACUCUAAUCUCUACGACAUGGGCAAGACCGAAAAGCUUUCUACGGAUGUCAGGGUCAAGAUCACAGACCUUCUUAAGGCUGGAAUGGGCUACAAAACCAUAAGUACGAUGCUAGAUGAGAAGGAGACAACUGUUGGUGCAAUAGUAAGAAAAUGGAAGCAAUACAAAAUGACUGUCCAUGAAUCUCCAUGCAAAUUCUCGCCUCCUGUGGUAUCCGUGAUCAUAACGAAAGUGAGAGAUCAGACUAAAAGUUAAUGAUCUCAAGGUAGCUGGGACCACAGUCACAAUACAUGAGAAAGAGCUAAAACAGAAAGUAAACUGAAGAAAAAAUUAACUAGUGUGAAAAGCUUGUAAUUAGCAACAAGUGAUCGUUAAUUUGUUGUGUUCCUAUUAUGAAUGUCUUUCUCUUCUUCGUCAGUUUCUGCAUUUUGACCACCUUUAGCCACUUUGUUUAAGCAUAUAUUCUGUUAUAAUUAUUUAAUAACAAAUCUCUGUCUGGUGAUUUCUUUGAAUAAACUGAAAACAAGUUA